CCCGGUCGUGUCUGUUCUGAUACUUCAGAUGUGAUGUGACGGUGUAUUUAUCGAACUGACCCGCUGGUACAUUAACAGACUGUGCGCUUGUUUGUUUUAAGUUUAUUUUUUUGUCGUCAUUUGUUUUUCGUGUUCUUUUGUGUCUCGUUUGUAUCAUUCAAGUAGAAACUACCGCUGGAGCACUUUACGGCAGAUCGUGGCGAGCUCGGCAGGAAGCACGUGCAUUCACAGCUGAGUAAGAUCCUGCUGAUGGAGGAGCCCCCCAACAGAAAGGAGCCCCCAGACUGCGAGUACAAGGACUCAUCUCAUGUUGUCGGGGUCAGUCUUUGUGACUCAGCCCCCCUGCUGUGGAGGGUGGAGGACCUGCGGGCGCUGAGGUCUCAGGGCCUAGUGGGGGCGCUGCUGGGUUCACUGCCACGAACCCCCCGACAGAACGGACGACUGGGUCGACCUCUGCUGCUGCUGCCAGAGGAGGAGAGACUGCUGACAGAACACCAAGCUGCUGCUGCUUUACCAGCCGGUAACCAGGUGAGUUCACCUGCUGGGAGCCAGCAUAUAGGAGGGGUGGAGCUCGGUCUGCUGGUGAAGCAACACCAGGAGGACCAAAGGAGGAGUCAUGAGGAGCAAAGUAUUCUCGCUCUGAAGGACAGGAAGUCAGCGCUGCUACACGCCAUGACCUCAUCACACACAGGGUCUGAAGCUGAGGAGGCCCUGCAGAGGCGCCUUGAGGUGCUGGACCACAACUUUACAUUCCCCCGUUCAGCGCUGGUGGUCCAGCUGAGCACAGCGAGGGCGGGGCUAACUUACUGUCCCGAGGCCCGGGCCUUCCUGCAGGCCGACUGGCCAAUCAGAGGGCAGGACAGCCUGCGCCGUGAUGCGAGGUACCAGGUGUUCAGAGACCUGAGAGGGCAGGGCUUCUACCUGACAUCAGCGGGGAAGUUUGGAGGAGACUUCCUGGUAUAUCCAGGGGAUCCUCUUCGUUUCCACGCUCACUUCGUCGCUGUCUGUCUGUCUCUGGAGGAGUCCGUCUGUCUGCUGGACGUCCUUGCCGUGGCUCGUCUGGGAUCCAACGUGAAGAAGACCGUCCUGCUGUGCUCUCUGGGGACAGACGGACAAGUGCUGUACACCUCGUUACAGUGGAGCGGGAUGGUUUGAAUCAAGACUGGGAUCAGGAACCUGAACCUGGUCUGUGCUGUGACCACCAGGAGCCUCUUCAUGGACCCCUGCUGGUCCCCGGGUCACAGCUUUGGAACUACAGAGAGAGCUCAGACGUGGUUCAGGACACUGAGCGGGUUGAACUGUCUGGAUCUGAGGUAACUGAAGACAAACAACAUCUGAAUCUCUUGGUUGUUAAUUUCUUUUCCAGCCAGAACGACGAGGUGUUAGUGAUGAGACCUUAAACAACCUUAAACAACGACCUGAAGUCCAAUCCUGAUAUUAUGGAGGAUUUUAUCAAAACCUGGGGCCAGUUUUUCCAGAGCAGCUCAGUAAAACUCUGUGUACUGAAUGAACAGAGAGAGAAAAGUUUUGAUGGUUUGUUUUUGCCCCAGGACCCCACAUCAGGUUCAUCCAUCCCUGGUGGUUCUGUUAAUACCAGUCCUGGAUCAGAUUGUGAACUAACAGAACAAACAGGCUGAGGAUUGAGGCCAGGGAAAAUAAUGUGAGAAAGUUGUGAAAGAUGUUUUGAAGUGAAAUGAUGACACUGAUGGAAAUUUGAAACAUGAUCAGCAGAUUCAUCGUUGCUGUGAUGUAAUGUGUCCACCAGGGGGCAGAAACACUUCAUGACUUCCGGAAAUAAAGUUGAACCUGAGCCAGCAUCCAGGAAAACUUGUGAGAGCCGAGUCUUGGUUUUAUUUUUGGUCUAAAGUAUCACAUUUAUCUCUGAAACAACACAGAUCUGAAAUCAGGUGAUGCCUGUUUAGUUUGUGGAGAAAAGAAAAGUUUGGGACCUGAAACACAGUUUCAGGAUCAUCCACGUGGUUCCAGUGAGCCAGAUUUAACCCAGGUCCAGUUCUACUGCUGCAGCCCCGUGAGGCUGUCCAGGCGGACCCAGCUCUGGUCACACGGUGCUUCAUCAUCAUCAUCAUCAUCAUCAUCAUCAGGAGUGAAUUGUCUGCUUCCUGUCAGCUGUCAGUAGAAAGGUGAAGUGCUGUCCCAGUCUAUCGCGGCUCCGUCCCACUUGGUCCUGAUGGUCAUCUCCAGUGAGGGAAACCUUUUCUCUGGGUCUCCAUCUGAGUCUCUGGAUGACGCCUCCCAGUGGUGGGAGUGAGUGUCUGUGGGACAGCCAGAAGACAGACAGACAGACAGACAGAGUUAGUCAACAGGCACCGGCAGGUCUCGCACUGAGCUGGGGUCAGGUGUGACCGUGGCUCUCACCUACAGUCAGUCUGGCUGUGGUCUUCUGGGACUUCUGGCCGCUGUAGUAGUAAAGGUGGAACAGAUGCUCCAUCUUCCAGUCGGACAGCAGCGAGCGGUUCAGACUGAACGCGACCGAGUAGCUGCUGUUUAUGCAGCAGAGCCAGACCGGAAACCUCGGGGUCUUCAACAUGCUGCCCACCUGCAGACACAACACCUGAGCAGGUCAACUCUGCCGGACAGGAAGUGAUGCUCACCUAUCUAAAUCUACGACAAGCUUCUCCAGGCUGCACAUUUCUUCUGUUUCUGUUCUGAUUUUCAUUGUCAGCUGUUUUUUCUUUUCUGUUUCAACCCUCCUGACUGGAGUUCAGUCAGCCAAUCAGAUUGCUUAAUGCUCAGGUGCUGGUUAACGUGGUUACCCAUAACACCCUUUUCUGCUCAGACCUACAGUGACGUUACGCAGCAGCAGAUUUCUGUGUGGCUGCUGACGUGCUAACGACGUCGGCGCUCCAGAGAAACCACAUGGAGACAACGAGAACUCUGAUUGGUCGGUUUGGAUUCUUAGUGCUCAGACGUGAACAUCAUCCAGUCGCCUCUUGUCAUGAAGUGAAUGAAAGCGUGUUCAGGGUUCAUGGCACAUGAAGUAAAGAUGAGCUCCUACUUCACUAAAAUAACACUUUAAUGUAGUGAAGCAGUGACAUUCAAAGGAAAGGAGGUGAACCCCCGCCCCCCGUCUGUACGCGGUCUGUGGUCAGUGGACUCAGAUACAGAUUAUAACCAUGUUUAUCGGUUUUAAUGUGGUUGAUGUUCUUCUUUUUGUUAAUUUAAUCAGAAUGAUUUAUGUUAGCAUUGCUUACAUUUCUGAUUGUUUGGAGUAGCUUGUUGAACACACCGUGUUAUCGUGACUGCUAGCUUAAUGCUAGCUCAGG